GGGAGAGAGGGGAGAGAGAGAGCCCCAAGGCAGCCCUGCGCCUCUGAGCUGGGAUCUGCCAGGGCAGAGCCAGCAUGAUGGUCCUCAGCCCACCUGUCCGGGGAUCUUACCUGCUGCUUUUCUUCUGCUUUGCUUUGUCUCAGACUGCGUACGCUGACAAUGUCUUCUCACUUUCAGCAGAUCUCCCUUGUUUGGAACAGAAGAAGCAGCUCAACUGCAGAGCAUGCUGCCUCCUUGGCCCUCCUCCACCGCCCUUGUUCCCACCACCGUACUUCAGGCACAGCUGGAGCACUAAGCUGGAUAUGGAGGAGUUGUGUCAUGAGCUCCAGAUAAUACAGGCUUCCUCUCUGCCUGAAUCGCACUGUUCUGCAGGGCCUCCUGGCCCCCAGGGCCCACAAGGAAUACCUGGUAUAAUGGGACCAAAAGGGGAGAAGGGGGAGAUUGGCAGGCCUGGAAGAAAGGGCAGACCAGGUCCCCCGGGCGUCCCUGGGAUGCCAGGACCAGUAGGAUGGCCUGGACCUGUGGGACCGAAGGGUGAAAAGGGAGAGUUGGGUGUGAUGGGAUUGCCAGGUACAAGAGGACCAAUGGGCUCCAAGGGUUUUCCUGGAACUAGAGGAGAAAAGGGAUCCAGAGGUGACAGAGGCGACAAAGGAGUCAAAGGAGACCCGGGAGAAAUAGGCUUUCCUGGAAUGCUGGGACAAAAAGGAGAGAUGGGCCCCAAGGGACAAUCCGGAGUACCAGGACACAGAGGACCUAUAGGAAGACCUGGAAAACGAGGCAAACAAGGACUCAAGGGAGACAUUGGACCAGCGGGUGUCAUGGGCCCACCUGGUAGGCCUGGUCCUGUCGGCCAGCCAGGCCCCCCUGGACCGUCAGGAUUAGGGCAAUUUGCAAUAGGACCAAAAGGAGAAAGAGGACUUCCAGGGCCUCCAGGGAGAUGUCUCUGCAGAACCCCACAGCAAAUGAGUAACCCAUCAUAUGAGGAAUCUGUGUUUGGACACAGCUACCCAAAAGUUCCCGCGAUUUUUGUGGUGAAUAAUCAAGAAGAAUUGGACCGGUUAAACACCGAAAAUGCAUUAGCUUUUAGAAGAGAUCAGAGAUCUUUGUAUUUCAAGGAUACCUUUGGAUGGCUCCCAGUCCAGCUCACCCCUCUCUAUCCCGUGGAUUACCGCUUUGAGGACGGAGGUACCUGUGGAGAUGGGAUCGUGCAGGAUGGGGAGGAGUGCGAUGACGGCAAUGCGGUUGUGACUGAUGGCUGUAUAAGGUGCCGCCGUGCUUACUGCGGAGAUGGCUACAAGCACGAGGGGGUUGAAGACUGCGAUGGGAUGGAUUUUGGAUAUUUGACAUGUAGAACAUACCUUCCUGGGUCUUAUGGAAAAUUGCGAUGCACUUCUUACUGCUACAUUGACUCCACACAGUGCCGGUACUUCACAUGAGGGGAGCAGAGGUGGAUAGCAUCCCACGUGUAGCGGGUGCUAGGUGCUACACUAUCACCUAUCCAAGAAGGACUGGGACAAAAAGACACCCCACCCACCUCUGGGAAAACAAACAAGGACACAUCAUGCUGCUGAUGGCCAUUUUGAGAUUUUUUUUUUAUAUAUAUAUAUAUAUAUAUUUUAUUUUUCAAAUAGGGAAAAAUAGGACCACUGCAUCCUGUCUUAAUAGAGAAAUAAACGUCAAACAGUGUGUGCCAGUGAGAUUUCCAUGCUGCUGCGGAUGGCAACGUACUCUCCAUCACAAAAGCAACAUUAAGCUAGUGGAAGCUGAGUUUCAUUGAACAGGAAUGUCGUGUAACAAUUACCUCGAUUUAGCACUUAAACCCAAAUGUAAUCUCUUCGGGGGUUUUGUCUUUAACCCUUCUCCGAAUAAACACAAAGCAUGUCUUGGAUGCCGUGUUUAGAGGGACUUUCUCUUUUGCUACAAUGUGAACUUAGCAACUUGUGUCCACAAGAGAUGACUUCAGCAACUGUAAGGAUACCAAUGCUCCUUCAUUGGUAAAAGGAGUUAAAGUUCUUUCAGAAUCAGCAAAUCAGCCAAAUAUGCUGGUUAACAUCACCUUCAGGCGAAGGCGUUGUCUGGGUGUCUGUGCUCUACAAGCAGUCAUAGGAGGCCUGCAAAACAUGCCACAAAGGACAAACUGGACAAGUAAACUGUGAAAUAGCCAAAAAGUUCUCUCCCAGGAGAAAAUAAGACAAGGAGGGAAGAUAAGGAAGGAACAUAUUUCUGUCUUUUUCUCCUCUGUGCUGAGCUGGCUGGGCUCUGCCUGACCCCAAGGGUCUGGGACAACAUCAGUUCCCUGACUGAAACCAUGGCCAUGAACGCGUUGUCUUCUCUCCGUGUCCACACUGGAAGGUCUUUGCAUUUGUAGCCCCUUAUCCACCCAACCAUCAUCAUUCAAUUCCCAGCUAGCCCCUGUGCUCCCUCCCCUCUGCCACUGGCUGUUUCUGCCACCCUGUACCCCAGUGCAUGUGCUCACUUUUGCGUCGCCGUAAAUCAGACCGCGGGGUAGUGCAUUUACGGAUGCUCAGUCAUGCUGUGCAAUGUACAUGUGGGUUUUGUUUUUUGGGAAGGCCUCCCAAUUAUAUCAGCUCUGAUUGGAGUCAGGGUAAUUAUAUGCUUAUUUCUUAGCAAGUAGUAAAGAGCAAAUUUCACAUGGAAAGCAUACUAAAUGUUAUAUGACAAAGAGUCUGUAACAGAAAAUGAAACUGAGAAUGUGCAGAAUUCAGGACUAAAGCCUUAAAACUAGACACUAUUUUCAUACAAGCCACUCUUUCCUGCUUUGUGGUAAAUGUUGUACAGGACUGUGUGAAAUGUGUGAGUUAUCUGUGCCAGUAACAGCACUGCAACUGCUGCACUGACACUGGCACUUCUGUAGAGGUUAAAUAAAGGUGGAUGUUGUGUUAUAAUGAUAAUGCAUUAAAGCAAUCAAGAAACACAUUCAACUCUUACCACCCGCCUAGGAGACUUUAACUAUGCAUGUACAAAGUGAUAGUGAAAAUCACCAAUUGACAACAAAAAAAGAAAGGAAAUUUGUGGUCUUGUCAUGAUUAUCACUUACCUGGGCUAUUUAUGUUGCUAUGAAGCCAAGUCACCAGUAUUUGUAGUCCAGUUCAACAGUUUAAUUUUAUUUUUUUUUAAUUAACUGAGGUCUUAAUAAAAGGACAGGAAUCACUGGGACAAGAAAACUGCCACAAACUCUGGAAAUCUGGGCGCUAGCACAGCUGCCUUUUUAAUUUCCUGUGCUUGUGCCAGCAGUGGGUUCCAGCACCACACCACAAGGAGCAGGUUUCUGGUUGUUGGGAGGCUCUCGAGGACAGACAUGCUCCCAGCAGUUAUUCCUGCUGGCCAUUCCUCUGGCUGAACCUCUGGCAGCAUCUGCUGGUGUUACCAUGCUGGGAUUGGAGACACUUCAUCUGAACUAUUCACCUUCUCCAAGGAUUUAAUCUCAACCCCACAAAAAGCUGGAGUCUCUGAGAAGCUUGGUAAUUCCAGUGGCCUUUCACCUUCAAUUUUCAGUUGGAUCAUUUUUUAUUAAAAGCUCCUACCUCCAAAGGACAUUGAAAUAACAAAGCUACGUGCAUGGAUCAUAGGAUGCACAAACAGGAGAUAUAUUCAACCAGGUAAAACUACUGUGCUGCACAUGUUCACAAAGGGGCCUAUCAGUCUGGUCAGUCUGGGAACACUUGCAAAGCCUGGAUUUUAAAUGGACAAAGCAAUGUAAAAUAUAAGAAAAGAAAAAAAGUUUCAUACUACUGUUACUGUCUUGUUCUCCUCAGAAGAUUAGGCAUGAGAAAGACACCUGGGAAGGUGUAAAGUAUAUAUGAUUUAAAAUGCUGCAAAAAUAAAUCCUUUGCUCUCAUUUCUGACAUACCUGAUUUAUCAUUAAUUGGGUAUUCUUCAGCUGGGUGAUGCCUGGUCUGCUGCAAAUUGUCUUCCCUCCUUUUCUGAAUUUGGGAACUUAAUGCAUUGUGCCAAGACUGGUUCAAAAGUUAAUUGGAAUAUUUCAGUUCACUAGACUUUUGUAGCAGCAUAUACUUGUGCAAGAGUUUUCUAAUGAUUAGUUUGCAGCUCUAGGCAAGUACAAAGCAUUUUGCCAUGCACUGUAUUAAUAUAUACAAAAAGUCUGGCUUGCACUUAAUACAUGAUUAAACACAUGUAAUUACCUACUGUGUAUACUAGCAGCUCAUGUCAAUAAAUUGUGCUACCUUAGCUCCCUAUGUCCUUAUUUUCACUUAUUUAAUUUGGGUUUACAAGCAUGUUUUUCAAAUAUAAUUACCUAGUUUAAGAAGCUGGGGAGGGAAAAACACCUCUUUUUUCCCAUGCCUGCUGCCUCUCCCUGCCUGCCGUGGGAUCUGGUUCUGUGUGAGCACAGUGAUGGGAGUGUGGCUGUGCAUUCCUGCUCCUGGGCUUGUCACCGAAGUGACCCCUGCAACACGCCAUGGACAGAACAGCUGUGAUUGAUUUCUGAUUGGAAUCUGUCAACUACUUGUUUUUAAUAAGGCUUUGAGCUGUGGUUUGGGGGAUUGUCUCCUCCUGAUACCUGAUAAUGUAUAUAGUGGCUCCUUUGUAAUUCUGUAUCAGGAUCAGCUGAUGGCUGUGAAACAGAAGGCAACAGCCUCGGGUGCUGAUGGACAAUGGAGAUGGUGACACUGGCACCCAGGAUUUGGACACUCCUGGAAGUUGGCACCCAGCUUUCCAGAAGAGGGUCUUGCCUUGCAGUAGCAGCCUGCAAGUCUGUUGUCCCAAGGCAUUUGUGUUUAACAGAGAGUUCCAGAGAAGGGCAAUCCUGCCUGUCCCCAGGGAAAAAGGAAGUGUAUUGACAGAGAAUAAGUGAGUCUAUUUUCUGCCUCUCCUUUCUAAAAACUCAGCUUCUGUGACACUCACCUCUCUGGCAUCCAAAUGCCUACGUCAUUUCUCCCUUCCCUUCAAAUUGUCCAAAAUCAUAGCUGUCAAGGCUGUCCUUGCCCAUAAAUCUGGCCGUCCACCUCAUCUCCUUCUUUCUUUUUUCUUAUUUCCUCUAAGACACCAAAGUUCAUAUAAUUUGUCACCUCCUGAAAACUGCAAUGCCCUUGCUGGUCUGCUGGUUUCAUCAGCUUUUCUUUCAGUCUCUCACACCAUCCCUUUUCUAACAUCUUAUGCUUGUGACAGCCCUGCCAUAUGUCACAGCAAAGCUCCUUGGUGAUGGUCCUUACCUUCUAAAAAUUGUAGGAUGCAUUUCCCACUUCAGCCCCACUCAUUUUUACAAGGAGAGAGGGGAGUAGUGAUUAUCCUUAAACUGUGAAUCCCCAAGAACUGUCCUUGAGCAUCAGCUGUUUAAGACGAGUAACAAUAAUAAGUCCCCAAUUAGCUGCAUUUGGGGACAAUUCAAUACACUUGGCUGCCACAUACAAUCAGGAGAUGUAUUUUAAAAAGGUGACCAAAAUAAACCCAAGAGAAGGAAAUCAGUGCUGUGCUGUGGUUCUUUGAUGAUAUUUAAGUCUAUCGUGCACAAUGCUGCAAGGAGAUGUUUAAAGAGCUGUUGGAAAAAUCACAUUUUAAUUCACAAAGGGUGAGGCAAUGAGAGCACUUUCUAAAAGACUUUCAAGUUCUUUCUCUGGUAGCUUUUGCUUAAGAAGAUGGAUAUGGCAAAGCAAGGGUCCCUUCCCUGGAAACCAUUCCCUUGCAAGGAAAGCACAGAAUAAUGGGCUAUUGAACUCUGCUACGGGCAGCAUACUGGCAAAAGGUACUGGUAAAAGGACAGACACUGGGCGAAUUCAAAAUUUGGAUCAGGAGUUUGAAUCAGAGUACCUGAUGCUUAUUAAUCUGGUAAGACACCAUGCAACUUGUAAGACAUUAGACAUGCCAGAUCUUUAUCAAAGAGGAAAAAAAAGGAACAAAACCUAAGCAAGUGAGCCAUUUGUGUCUUUAAUGAACAUAGUCAGUGAAGAACCCCCCCCUAAUAUUAAUAUGUCCAGUUACAUGCCCAGCAAUAUGCUCUAUGCAGAAAGCUGGUGUCACUCCAGGGCUGAAAAGGCCAGAGCAAAGCCUGGGCAUAUGUUUUCAUUGCAUCAGUAAUUACUGGGGCAUUUAGGAGGAUGGUCCUGAACCAGCCCAGCCAGGGAAGGCUGCAUUUGAAAGGAUGGCCAGGCCAAAUCAUAUUAGAGGAGUGUACUCCUGAUGGAAAUUACGUUAGUGGCUACUUCCCUCCCUCCAUCCUCAACAAAAUCUUGGCACUUAAAAGGCACUGAGUUAUAGCCCUGGCCUUUUACAGCUUUUAAUUCACUCUGACAGUUUCCCCAAGCAUCUGAGGGAGGGUCCAGUUUGGAUGCAUAAUCUUCUCCAGUGACAGAGAAGAGGGUUUAAACAGACAUAUUUUUCUGCAGCCUUCCCACACAUUACUGAGCAAGUAGUCCUCCUGCAUCUGGUGCUGCUCAAGAUUUUCUUUGGGAAGGAGAGUGAUGGAACUGAACCCCUCAAAGCCACUGAUAGCAAAGCCAUGGGAUGCAGCAGGGCAUUGCAUGGAGCAGGAGCUACUCUGGCCAGUGUGGGUAGGGUGGGAAGGGGCCUCAUGCUGCCACAUGUGCACCAGAGCAUCUCGUGUUCUCCAGGAAAAGCUGUCUGCAGUGCUGUCCCCAGGGCUAAUGCUGCUGGUGGUAUCUCCUGCAGGACACAGGGAAGACAAAGCACUCCCUGAGCUGUUUUGCAGGUGCAGCUGGGAGCCUGCCUGCCUGGCUGGUCUGUGAUAACACAAACACGAGGUUCAGCAGAGCAGGAAUUGGAGUUAAUGGCACAAUAAAUCAGCCAGGAGGAAGAGGAGGUAACAUUACCUACUCACACUGCAGCAUGUCUCUAGUAUAUUUAGAAACUUGGCAACUGAUGAUCCUCUCUUAGCCGGUCUAAAGUGUCACCAUUCAAUGAGUGAAUAAACUGACAUCAGCAUUAAAUUCAAGCCCAUGGCAAGGUGUCUUUGACCCUUGUGCCAGCUGUGGAGGAAGCUUUCAGAAUUCAUCUUGAAGAGCAGUCAGAGCCCUGUCAGGAUCUGUAGCAUCCUCUAUAGGGUAAACAGGGGAGUGGGUGUUGAUGGUUAUUCACUCUCACCCUCCUGGGAGGAAGAGACAGACCAGACAGACACCCAGUGGAAAUUUCCCCUGAAUCACUACAGAGUGCUGACUUUUAUCAUGGAAAUGCAGGCAUGAAACACUUACUUCCCUUUGCCCUCCUAGCCAGAACAUCCCCAAUUUAGUGGAACAAGGAGAGAACUGCUUGAGAACCCCAUCUGUUCCCUGACCCCUUUGUGGGAUCCCUCAAAGUCUUUAGUGACUUAUUUUGUUUGGAAGAGAAGAGCUACCAUUGCUCCCUGCCUUGCUUAUUUCAAUUAGCCACGUUACCCCCGUGGAAGUCACCAUGCAUGAGGUGGGAGAGGCUGUGCUCAGCCAGUCAGAUAUUUGGGGCAGGUUAUGUUUGGUGCUUCCCAUGCCUUCCUCUAGGGGGAUUUUUUGAUGGACAAGUGGAGCCUGGUAAUCCUGAUGCUUCACAGCAGUGUAAAGUUUUUUUACACAUUUCUGCUGGGUUUGACAUUUUACCUGCCUGGUAUUACUGUCUCUGAGGACAGGAUGUGCCAAGAAAGAGAACAUCGAGGAUUGCUCAGGUUUUGAGUUGUUAGCAGAUUUAAAGGGGAGGAUGACUAAUGAGAGGUGAGAAACAGAAUAGUUCAGGCAACUGAACUGUACAGAACUGCCUGGAUGAAAUGUGCUUAUUAUGGGCCAAGACCCACAGGGAGACUGGUUGUGAAAUACAAUUAAAUUCUGGGUUUAAAUGGUGAUGCUCCAGUAUAAACCAUCAUAAACCACGUGGUGGCUGUAGUGACAAGUUACUGUUUUGCUGCCAUUUGAGCAGAGGUUGGUUGUCAAACCCAGCAGCAGCCCCAAAGCAGAAACAUGGGACCAGUGGGGAAAGCUGGCCUUCUCACUGGUCUUGGUGGGCACAGUGAAGGGCAGAGAGGCUUGCUCUGUGCCAGGACUUUUUGAGCAAGACAAUAUCUGGUGUGAAAGGCUGCAGGAUUACAGCUUCUAAAUAAAGCUCCAAGAGCUGUACCUGUUGCUGUGUGGGGCCAGCAAGCUCUGCCUUACACUGCCUGAGACUGAGCUGUUAUGCUGACUGUCAAAUAUUUGUCCUCUGCUCCACACUAUCGCAUCAUUAGAUGAGCAUUACAUCCUGUAGGUUUGUCAUGACCCUCUGGAAUAAAUAACUUGACUUCAGAGAGUUUGUACUGGGUAUUGGCAAGGAAGAAGCGAGCCCUAACAUGCAAAUAAUGUGUUUAUUUGUCCUGCAUUCAGCAGUCAAGUAUCUGUCAGGCCAUUUGCAAGGGGAAUCCCCUGCUCUCUCUACCAGUACUGCCUCUGUAUUUUGCAGCCCUGAGGAUGGCAAGGCUCCAGCUGCAGGGAGCUAAAGCUUCCUGCCAAACUUUUUUGAAAAGUUCUAUUGGUGUAGGAACAUCUUGGUUUUAUGUAUUCUUAGGCAUCUCCAUCAAUAGAGCAGAAAGCAGAACUUCAUUUGAGAUGGUCGGUAGACAAAAAAAUAUGAAUGUGAACAGAUAAAUCCUCCCCCUGGGUGGAUAACAGCUACAUACUCUCAGGCUGCGAGCAUUGCCUGAUGAUACAGGGUUAAGAAAAUUUAAAUUAAUAUUAAUUACUUAAUCCAAAGUGGAAGAGCUUGGACAGGAGGGAGUCCUAUUUCAGAAGGAAUACGGUCUGGAUAUAUGAACUCUCCACACAAGACUUAUAUAAGUAAACAAAGUGCUAUACGAAGAAACUUCUGGGAUGGCUGACAAGAAGCAUGUCCAAGUGCUUUGAAAUAGUCCAGGGUUUUCCCUAGAUUCUGUUCAGGGGCUGGUUUGAGCGGUGGAGGAGAGCAGCCUGCUCAAGGUGACUGAUGAAGUGUGAGGUGGGGAUAAGUAACUAUUUAUACACUGACAGUGCGCUGCAGAUGGAAGGUGAGAGAAUGCAGAUCCUUAAAAGACUCGUGGGGAAGGAAAGGGAAUUUAGUAAGCUGGACUGAAGAAAAUAAAUAGUGAGAUGUCCUGGCACUGCGUGACUGGGACGUUCAGUACAACCUGACAAGUAGAGAAACACGUGCCAGAAGGUUCCUGUGCCCGGCUAGCACAUCUGCUGGGGCAGGACUGUCGGUGCCUCGCACCACAGCCAAGGACACAGAAUGAAGCUGUGUGGGAGAGCAGGCCUCUUGCCUUUGAUGAGAGCGUUUCUGGCAAGAAAGCCUCUCCCAGCUGCCCCAGGGCUCGGAGGGGUGCAGGUUUCACAGACAUCCACAGCACCCUGCUGCACCCAGCCAUGUCCUGCUGGUGGGACAGAGCUGCUGGCUUGGUUUGGGGAAGGUGGCUGCUGCUCCCUUGGGUGCUCCAUGGAGCGCUGGCGUCCAGCACCUGAGGCCACAGAUCCGAUGACACAUUUGGGAGAGCGAGGUGGGCGAGCGGUGGCAGCAAGUGGAGGCUGCACUGCCUGGUUCCUCCAGCUUGCAGGAAGAGGUUGGCUACCAGCUGCUAAGCAAGAAAGCAAGUGGAAAACUGUGACCUAUAGGAAACUAUGUGAGGCAUGUCUGGUCUCUGAAGACUACAGAUGAGCUGGUGAUACCAACACUGAAAACAGAUGCUAAACUGAUUGGAAAUUAUUUUGGCAGAAAGCCAUAGCUGGAGCAGGAUCCCUGGUACAAACAAAUUGAUGCAAAAUGCAUCUCAAAGUCUCAGAUCUGUUUGAUUUUGGGAAAACAGUGAGCUGUACUCUCUUUGGCACUGCUCUACAGCACAGACCACACACCAGUGCAUCUUGCUGAAAGCAGUGAGGUACAGGUACUGCUUGUGGCACCAGCACCCACUGGGGAAGCAGCAUCUUAGAGAAGCUCCUUGGCUGACAGCUCUGGAAGGAGAGGAGUAGCACCAAUUUCAGCUCCUCUUGCUGCAGGCAGAACUCCUGCACUCAUGGUGACACCUCCCCAGAGGUGAAAGACUCUAGAGAAAUUUUACCAGACCUUGCAAGCUGGAACAGCAAAGAAACACAGGCUGGUAAAAGGUGAAGGCUAGGGGAAUGCCAGAA